UCUCGCGAGAGAAUGUGAGAUUCAACAUGGCGGCGUCCUGCUGCUAAAACUCGUCUGUUCUGUCAAACCUAAAUUAUAUAAAAGCAAAAAAACAAAACAAAAAAAACAUAAAUAAACAAAUAAAUCAUUCUACGAAUCUCUUAAAAGUCGGGUGGGUCUGAUAAAUUUGUGGACAACUGCUUUGCGGAAUAUAUAAUGGCGGACAUUUGCAAAUCUGAAGAUUCAUUUAAAACCGAGAAACAAGAGAAAGACUCUUCUCCAGACACGGAGGAUGUAAACACCAGCUCGGUCCAGAGUAAAAUGUCAUCAUCUGGUCCCCUUCACACUAAAAACCAUCACAGAGGGAUGGAUGCAGAAAUGCGCAAGGAGAGAAUUCACUGCUGCACUCAGUGUGGAAGGAGCUUUACUAGAAAGGGUCACCUUCAACGACACCAUCUAAUCCACACGGGAGAAAAACCACAUCACUGCUCACAGUGUGGAAAGACAUUUAGAGAGCAAUGCCAGCUCAAAAACCACCAACGCAUUCACAGCGGAGAGAAGCCGUAUUACUGCUCGACUUGCGGGAAGAGUUUUACACAACAGAGUAAUUUUAAAAAACACCAGAGGAUUCACACCGGAGAGAAGCCGUAUCACUGCUCACAGUGCGGGAAGAGUUUUACAGAACAGAGUAAUUUUAAAAUCCACCAGCGCAUUCACACCGGAGAGAAACCGUAUUACUGUUCACAGUGCGGGAAGAAUUUUACCCACCUUACUAACUUUAAAAUCCACCAACGCAUUCACACCGGAGAGAAGCCGUAUCACUGCUCACAGUGUGGGAAUAGUUUUUUAGAAUUGGGUACUCUAAAAAGACACCAGCGUGUUCACACAGGAGAGAAGCCGUAUCACUGCUCACAGUGUGAAAAGCGUUUUAGAGAGUUAAGUCAUUUAAAAACGCACCAACGCAUUCACACCAGAGAGAAGCUGUAUUACUGCCCACAGCGUGGGAAGAGUUUUACACAGAAAUGCAAUUUUAAAAAUCACCAACACGUUCACACAGGAGAGAAGCCGUAUCAGUUUAUACUGUGCAAAAACCUUAAAAACACUUACUUCCUGCUCCUGAAAACUUCGCUGAUUAAAAACAAAAACUCUGCGAAUCUCUUCCAAGUGAAGGAACCGGAGAAAUUUGUGGACUAUUGCUUUGUAGAAUAUAUGAUAUAUAUAAUGGCGGAAUCCGAAGAUUCAGUUAAACCCGAGAAACGAGAUGAAGACUCAUCUACAGACACGGAGGAUGUAAACACAAGCCCGGUCCAGAGUGAAACCUCAUCAUCUGGUUUCCAUCACACUGAAACCCAUCGUGGUGGGAUUCAUUCAGAAAUGGGCAAGGAGAGAAUUCACUACUGCUUGCAGUGUGGAAAGAGUUUUACUAGAAAGGCUCAUCUUAAACAACACCAUCUAAUCCACACGGGAGAAAAGCCACAUCAGUGCUCGCAGUGUGGGAAGACAUUUUCACAGCAAAGUAAUCUUAAAAACCACCAACGCAUUCACACCCGAGAGAAGCCGUACGAAUGCUCACAGUGCGGGAAGAGUUUUACGCUACAGAGUACUUUUAAAAACCACCAACGCAUUCACACAGGAGAGAAGCCGUACGAAUGCUCACAGUGCGGGAAGAGUUUUACACUACAGAGCACUUUUAACAACCAUCAGCGCGUCCACUCUGGUGAGAAACCGUAUUACUGCUCGCAGUGCGGGAAGAGUUUUACACGACACAGUACUUUUAAAAACCACCAGCGCGUUCACACCGGAGAGAAGCCGUAUCACUGCUCACAGUGUGGGAAGAGUUUUACACUACGAAGUAGUUUAAAAAACCACCAGCACAUUCAUAACGGGAAGCUACAUCAAUGUUCACAGUGUGGGAAGAGUUUUUCACACUACGGUAGUUUAAAAAACCACCAGCUUAUCCAUACAGGAAAGAAGCCACACCAUUGCUCACAAUGUGGAAAAGGUUUUAGAGAGUUAAGUUAUUUAAAAUCACACCAGCUCAUUCACACAGCAGCGAAACCGUAUUACUGCUCGCAGUGCGGGAAGAGUUUUCGAAAAUUAACUAAUUUAAAAUCACACCAGCGCGUUCACACCGGAGAGAAGCCGUAUCACUGCUCACAGUGUGGAAAGAGUUUUAUAGAGUUCAGAUCUUUUAAAAGCCACCAGCGCGUUCAUACAGAACAGAAGCGCUAUCACUGCUCACUGUGUGGGACGAGCUUUACGCAACACGCUGGAGCGAAACCUCACUACUGCUCAGAGUGCGUGAAACGUUUUUGUGUUGGUGUGAUAAAAAAAUAAUCAAAGUGUCAAAGACGUACACUCGGAGUGUGUUUUUUUAAUUUAUUAAUUUAUUAUAAUUUCCAUUAUUUGUGUGUUGAAUACUAAAAUUAAAUUAAGUGUAAAUCACAUUAUUGUAAAGGCUUUCUGCUGUAGAGCAGUAGGAGGACCUGGUGUGGGUUGAAGACAAUUUAAACAUUAAAAAAACAGCUUCCCAACCCAACCCUGGUCCUGGAUUACCCAAUGCCCUGCAUAUUUUAGUGUUUUAACACUCUUUAAAGGUCCUUCCUGAGUUAGUGGGUGUGUUAGAUGUAGGAGAACAUACAUUUUGCAGAACAGGGGGUACUCCAGGACCAGGCUUGGAAACCUGUGAUGUAAGAGAACAACAAAAACAAGUUUAUGAUUUAUAUAUGAUCAAAUUAUGAGUCUUAAAAUGUUUCAAACAUACAAA